UUCCCUGUUUGUUUUCUCAUAAAAAAAUCAAAUCUUGCUCAAUUUGUACUUUGAAUAUAUGUUUCUUUAUCAGCAUUUUUACAUGUAUGGUUCAUAUUCACUUUUCUGCAGAUGGGUUCUUGAUAUUUUGCUCUCUUCUGGCAUGGAUUGUUAAAAAGUUUUGUUUUUUGAUCUGGGAUUUCAGAUUCUUGUAGUUUAUUAGAUUCCUUGAAUACCAUUUUGAGGAAUUUGUGAAAAAGAUUGAUUCUUUUAUUGAUUUGCUAGGGAUUUGUUUUGAUAUAAUUGUUCUUGUGAAAGAGGUUGUAGGAGAUAUAAUGGUGAAUUAGGAGAACCCUAUUUGGUUGUUUUUGUUUUGUAAGUGUUAAUAGAUUAAGAGUUAUGUUUAAGAUAAUAAAAAGAGGGAAGAAAAGCUCCAAAGGGGAUGCUGUGGAGCCUCCGAUACCGAGUUCAUUGCCUAAUGCGCCCGUUGAUCAUGCUUCGCGAAUAGCAACGUCUGCUGUGGCGUCACAGCAUGUUACUUUGGCAAAUGCCACACCAGAUCCUAGUGUGGUUGAAGUUUUGCCCUUAUUGAAGGAGGUUGCGCUUUCCGAACGUCAUGUUUUGUUUAUCCGGAAGCUCCAAAUUUGCUGCGUGCAAUUUGACUUCUCAGAUACGGUGAAGUGUGCUAGACAAAAGGAGAUCAAGAGACAAACACUCACAGAGCUUAUUGAUUUAGUUCAAUCGGGUUCGUGUAAAAUGAAUGAAAUAAUGCAAGAAGAGUUGGUUAGGAUGAUAUCUACCAACCUUUUCCGGUGCCUGCCUCCUGCUUCGCACGAGAAUACUGGGUCGGAAGGUAUUGAGGAAGAGGAUGACAUGUAUCUGGAUCCAUCAUGGCCUCAUUUGCAACUAGUGUAUGAGUUACUUUUAAGGUAUGUGAUGUCGACUGAGAUGGAUACCAAGGUUGCCAAGCGAUAUCUUGACCACUCAUUUGUGCUGAAACUGCUCGACUUGUUUGAUUCAGAGGAUCCUAGAGAGCGGGAGUAUUUGAAGACUAUCCUUCACCGCAUAUAUGGGAAAUUCAUGGUUCAUAGGCCAUUUAUAAGGAACGGGAUAAACAAUGUAUUCUACAGGUUUAUAUUUGAGACGGAGAGGCAUAACGGUAUCGGUGAAUUGCUAGAGAUUCUUGGAAGUGUAAUAAAUGGAUUUGCUCUACCAAUGAAAGAAGAGCACAAGUUGUUUCUUGUUCGGGCACUUAUUCCACUCCACAAGCCUAAAUGUGUUUCUGCAUAUCACCAUCAGCUGUCCUACUGCAUUACUCAGUUUGUUGAGAAAGAUUACCGAUUGGCAGAUAUCGUCAUCAGGGGACUACUAAAAUAUUGGCCAAUUACUAAUUGUGGAAAGGAGGUUCUCUUUCUUAAUGAACUGGAAGAAGUUCUGGAAGGUACACAGCCUGCUGAAUUUCAGCGCUGUUUGGUUCCCCUUUUCAAGCAACUUGGACGAAGCAUCAAUAGUCCCCAUUUUCAGGUUGCUGAGCGAGCUCUGUUCUUAUGGAACAAUGAGCAUAUAGUAGACUUGAUCGCGCAGAAUCGACGUGCAAUUUUGCCAAUCAUCUUUGAGCCAUUAGAAAGGAAUAUGUAUGGUCACUGGAAUCAGGCAGUCCACGGGUUGACCUCUAAUGUCCGGAGAAUGUUCUUGGAGAUGGAUUCAGAACUUUUUGAGGAGUGUGAAAAGGAAUACAAUGAAAAGGCAGCUGGUGCCAGCGGCCUUGUGGAGCAGCGUGAGCGAGCUUGGAAAAAAUUGGAAGAAGCUGCUUCAAUGGUCAGGUAGAACAUGUUGCAACAGCAUAUCGAGUCCAGCUGAGCCCCGCACAAGCAGUACUCCUCUGCGUAGAACAUCUCAAACUACCUAAUGAUGGUUUUUGACUUUGCAAACUGAAGAUGAAUCGCUCCAAAGUUUUUUCCGUGCUUCCUGCUGCUUUUCCAUAAUUUGAGCGAGGCAGGCUGAAGGUAUGGGCAUUGUGUUAUCUUUCCUUGACAGACAUGCUGUGAAAGUUUUGUUUAUUUUAGCUAUUCUAAGACGAUUAUUCUUUAUCAUUUUAGGACUAACAAAUAAUCAAAUUUCUGGUCUUUGUGAUCACCCCACCCCCACCUCUACCCUCCCA